GUACGGACCAAGCCAAGACGUUAUGUAGAACACAGUGAACUCAAGGAGUUAAGAGUGUAGAAGAUGAAGGAUUAGUUUGAUUAACAAUGCAGCAUAUACUUCAUUGUAGUGCCGUGCCAUGUGUUCCAGACAUUUGGAAGUGAGUGUUUUGGCGAGGAUACUCUCAGGGUGCAGAUGGUGCGGCAAGGAGAAGCCGAGGAAGCAGGUGGCCACAGAACAUACAUUUGGUUCCAGUGCGAGAGGAGUGUGACGGGGCACACUCUCCGACCCGAGCGCCAUGGACAGGGAACCUACGUCUAACUGAACGCACGCAGAAAACGAAUGAAAAGUGCUGGAAAAAAUAUCGAAGCAGACAGAGGUAGAUAUAUGCAAACGAGUUACCGAAAAGACUGGAAACGGAGAAGAAACAAUAGAAGUGGAGCAAUUUCAAGGCAGAUCAAACUAGGUGAAAAUCCGGUGCUGUUAACGGCCCCUCUUUUCUCUCUUUAGAAAGGGGAAAGUGAUGGCAAGGCCGCGGCACAUCCGAGGGAAGUAAGCGACGGAGAAUGGAACAGUGAAAGCAGAAGUAUCCUCCGAGGAAAGCAGAAAGAGAGAGAAAAAUCAAGUAGAAUAAUAAAGAGAGAAAGAAGAGGGGAAAACGAAGAUAAGAGAAGGGAAGAGGCAGAAGAGAACCGAGAAACAAAUAAAAGAGGAACUUUGGUCACUGCAGUUCCUCUUGACCCCUCCUCGUCUCACCAAGUGCGCGCCGACGCGGCCGCAGAAACGGUGACUGCUGCCCACUUCCGCGGCAGCCGCCCCUGACCUCGCCAGCGCAGCAACUCACGUUCGCUUGCCUCGCCAGCCGCAGGUCCUGCCGGGAGGCGGCGCUGAAAUGCUCAAAUGGCUGAGGCGAGGCCCACCAGCCGCGCAGGGGGACGCUGAGGGCUUCGUCAUGAGCGAGCGGCCCGCCGACGCCUCACUCCCGCAGGAGGAGGAGACAACGCCCAACGGAAGGCAGCGUCACGAGGAGGAGGCUGCCCCACGGAGGGGGACCUUCAGCGAGGACGACCGUCAUACAAGCCCGGAUGCUGCGCACCAGGUGCUGGCGGCGCUGACGUCUGCCUUCGUCCACCUGGGGAUCGGCAGCGUCCUGGGCUUCUCCGGCGUGACCUUGCCCGAGCUGACUGACCCGGUCUCUCCCGACCUGUUCCUGAACACCUCCCAGGCUGCCCUCUUUAGCAGCGUGGUCAACCUGGGCGCGGCGGUCGGCUCGACGGCCGCGGGGGCGCCGCAGGUGUGGCUGGGCCAGAGGGUGAUGCUGCUCCUGACGCUGCCGGUGUCCCUGGCGGCCUGGCUGCUCAUGGCUGCUGCGCCCAAGGCCUGGAUGGUGAUUGCUGCUCGAGCCCUGCAAGGCCUCACGAUGGGCUUCCUGGCCGGGUCCUCCAACAACUACGUCGUAGAAUUGGCCCACACGAAGUUCCGAGGUCUUCUGAUGGCGAUGCUCGACCUGUCACGCCAGCUCGGCUACCUGCUUGUGUAUGCCACGGGCAGCACCUCCCUCAGCUGGCGGCAGGUGGCGCGCGUGUGCGGCGUAGUGACGCACCUGCUGCCCCUGCUCGGCCUCCUCUGCCUUCCGAACUCCCCGCGCUGGCUGGCCGCGCAGGGGCGGCUCGGCGAGGCGCGGGUUGCCCUCAAGUUCUUCCGCGGGCGGCACUACAAUUGCGACCAAGAAAUGGCGGACAUCGCCCAGGCAAGAGAGGAAGGGCGGUGCAGCCCGAGAAGUCAGCUGCAGGAGAUGAAGAAUCCUGAAAUCCUCUGCAGGAUUGUGCUGCUCGCCCUCCUGCUUUUCAUCUCCAACUUCACCGGGAACUUCGUCGUUAGCGCUUACGUGGUUCCGAUCUUCGAGGCAGCGGAGGUGGUGGCCAGCCCCUACGCGGCCGCCGUCAUCAUCGGCUGCGUGCGAGUCGUCGGGACGCUGCUCUACCUGGCCGUGGUGGACCGCGCUGACCGCAAGGUCCUGCUGGUGUCGUCGACGCUCGUCUGCGCAGCGUCCAUGGCUCUCCUCGGCUCCUUCUUUUAUGACCACGAGAACUCCGACGACGUGAGUCACCAGCGGUGGCUCCCCUUGGCCUCCCUCGCCGCCUUCACGCUCGCGGCCAGCACCGCCUUCCCUGUCCUGAGCCUCUUCCGCAGCGAAAUUCUGCCUACCUCCGUCCGGGCAACGGCAGUCGCCUUCCUGUACUCCGUGUUCUUCAUAGGCGCCUUUUCCGCCUCCCAGUCCUACCCCGGCGCCACCUUGGUCCUCGGCCACCAUGGAACCUUCUGGACGUACAGCGCCUUCGCCGUCCUCGUGGCGGCUGUGGGCGGGCUCGCCCUCCCGGAGACACGAGGCCAAAGUCUCGAGCAGAUCAGUGGCUUUCAGAACCAACGACUGCGAAACCAUGCGAACGGCGACGCCUCCUGCUGACGAGGCGCGGCUGAGCAGGUUCUCCGGAAGCGACCGAGGCGGGAAGGACGCCUGUGAGGGCAACGGAUAUCACUGACUCGUGUUAAUAUUCGUGAAAAGAGCGUGAUUUUGCUCGAUAUUUUGUUUUAAGUGUGGUUGUGUAAAGUCAAAAUACUGUAUACAAAUCUUGAGUAUGAGAUUUUAUCAUUAGUAUUGCCUGUUUUUUACACAAAAUGAAUAGUUAUUUUUAGCUUGACCAACAUCUGGCUUUUUAUGACACUCAUUCACGACGAAGCUGUCGUUCACGAAGGGUAAGGUGCCGAGCAGGAGCAUCACAGUCCGCAGAGAAAACGGAACGCACGUGUUCCUGCCCUUUGUAAAAGUAAAUAAUAAAUUGAUAAAUGAAAAAGAACUCUAAAGGAAACAGUACCUGACAGCUUCCUUUUUCAUAAUAGGACUAAAAUAGGUUUGAAAAAAAUGUUCAUGUGGUUAUAUAAGGAUCAAGCUGCUCCUUGCUUGCUUCUGAACAGGAAUGAAACUGGAAGAAAAUGGUUCGAAACUGCAAACCCCCUUUGAUUUGUGCCAAAAUUCUUGAUUGCAAAAUAGUGCAAAAUUUGUUAUGAGAUAAGGUAUGCAGUAUUCUGAGAAAAUCGAAAAGAAUAUUUUUGUAUGUAUUUUUAUGUUACAGUAAUGCACAUUUGUCAUUCUCCUA